UCGCCAGACGUUGACUACAAGCCCUUGAAUCCAGACGAUGUAAAACUUCCUCCUCCCCAGCCUCCUAGUGAGAGAUUAAUUGCCGCGGUCGAAGCAUUUUACAGUCCUCCAAGUCACGAAAGACCACGGAAUAGGUGAGUGCCUCCUUGCCUUCGCCCUUUUCCGCCUGCGCUCCUUCGCCCAGCGGCUCCGCUCGUGUUCUAAGAUCCGCCAUGUAAAGUGUUGUGAAAUGUAUCUCAAUACUAAUCGUAUUAAUCAUAGCAUAGUUAAUAGAGGAGAUGGUUUGGAAACUCAUUAGCAUUACAAUAAACCUCACUAUGUAUGUUUUUGUUCAGGUUUAUGCACAAAUGUGGUCUUUCAUCGUCACGUGCGUAUUGUAUUUUUGCUCAACCAACCAGUAGCAACGGUUUUGUCCAAUUGCCCAUCCAUGACUUUAACAAUAGGACAUUUUGAACAUUCCUAUUGGUUCACUUGAGAAAAAUACAAUACGCACGUGACGAUGAAAGACCACAUUUUUGCAUAAACCUGAACAACAUAGAUAAUGAGGCUUAUUGUGAUUUUAUUGUAAUACUAACGAGUUUCCAAACCAUCUCCUCUAUUAACUAUGAUCAUAGUCAACAGAAGCCUCUGCGGAGGAGCGAGGGUGAGUGCAGUUACCAUAAAACUCUGAGUGUAAUAAGCUGCGAUGAUCUCAACUACUUCAAUAGUUACAAAAACGUCGAUAUUUCUAGCGUUUCGUCAGGAGAGAGUAGCCGUAAUGUUGUAGGGUUUAUUGAAUGCUGGGUUUGGUACAUAAUCCAAGUGAACAUAUAUUCUUUGCUUGCACAUGACGUCACUACGUGUAAUUAGGCGCCAUCUUGGUUGAUUUUAAAGUUUUGUCCAGCCGUUUACAUCGAAUUAAAUAGUUGAGUUACUUUAAUAUUUUUGGUUUGUUUUGAAAAGAUCUUACUGUAUUAUGGGUAGUUUACGAUUUCUGACACAAUACGACAAAGAAUGAAGAAUAAUUAUAUAGAUUUUUAGUUGCCACGAAAAUCAACCAAGAUGGCGUCGAUUGUAAAAACGAACAAUACCGCUAUUUCAAUUAAGGUUUUUCCCGAAAGGCUUUUUGAGAAUCGCUAUAAAAAAUUCGCAACCUUUCCUUGUUAGGUCUUAAAUUAUAUAUAUAUAUAUAUAUAUAUAUAUAUAUAUAUAUAUAUAUAUAUAUAUAUAUAUAUAUAUAUAUAUAUAUAUAUAUAUAUAUAUAUAUUUAUUUAAAUAGAAUUAGGUUUCGUUGUUUACAAAGACAUUUGGCAGAGUGCUCAAUGGAUAUCCAGAGCAUAAUUAAAUAAGUGCAACGACUCAACAAAUUCCACUUUAGGCAUCUUUAUUACUAUUAGUUUCGUACCACAAGAUGUGGCACUCAUCAGAUAAAUUAGCCUUAUAUAUAUAUAUAUAUAUAUAUAUUCUAACAGAAUUUUGGAUAUACAGCGUUACAUUAUUCUGUAGAUAGACCGAAUCUUCAGUUUAGUACUUGCAUGGUAUGUUUAUGUAAAUACCACAACUCGGUCACUAACUUGUUUAGCCUAGCCUUCCAACAACUCAAAUGUAUAGGGUCUGGGAUAUACUAUCCACAUUGAAUCAUUUGAAGAUAAAAGACAUGACAUAUAAGAUUCACAAAGCAAAUUUCAGUUACUAGAAUAUCAAAUCUCUCUUCUCUAAAUUCCAUGAUUUUUCUUCCAAUGUCUUGCUUAUAUUUUAGAGAAAAGGGAAUUUGACUGGGGGGGCUAGUUAAAAAAGGUCCUGACAAAAAUCCUACACCAAUUUCCACCCCCUUUCCAAUCGUAGAUUACCGCGAUUCCCAAUGACACAUCAACACACCCAGUUAGAAUAUACUUUAUUUAUGGCAAUAAAUCUACUGUACAUUUGUACUCUAGCUUAUUUUGGUGUUUUACAUAAUAUUCUAGCUUGUUUUGGUGUUUUACAUAAUAUUCUAGCUUAUUUGGGUGUUUUACAUCACAUCUACUAUGCAACCGGAAUGGAAGGGCGAUACGGAAAGAGAGCGCUUACCGCAAUCUGCUAUGUGAUGCCCACGUGCAAAUAAUACUAAUUUAAUAACUAUUUACAUAAUCGUUAUUCACAAUGUUGUGAGACUAAAACUUUUAUAAUUAUCCUGCAAAUAAUGCAAUAUUGAAAUGGUGGACGAAGUGGUACAAAACAUUGUAGCAAUUUCUGGAAUGCUGCCUACACUGGUUUAAGCCUAAUUCACACUAGCAAUUCUGUCGCCGAUUUUUCCUGGCGGAUGUGACUGAAUGAGUGACAUGCAAAUGUAUACUUCCAAACAAGGAUUCCAUACUUUUUGUAAAAUCUUUACUGUCGAUGCAAUGGAAGUGUUGAUAAAAUAUUGCACCAAUUCCUUUCCUCAAGUUGAUCAAUUCAUUUGAUAGAAAAUUGAUCAAAUUGAUUGUUACUUUUAAAUGAGCCAAUUAGAUUUCGUUUCAGAACCGAUUGACGAAUAGGAAACGCAAAGGAAGUAAAAAGAAAUUUGAAUUCGUAUGAAUUGAUCAACGUGAGGAAAUGAAUUCAUGCAAUAUUUUGUCAACACUUCCAUUGCAUCGACAGUAAUACUAAAAGACUUUUGAAUAUUUGACACUGGCUAGUGUUUUUAAUUUAGCCAGUAUCAUAUAUUCCAAAGUCUUUUAGUAUUAAAGAUUUUACAAAAUGUGUCUAUUCCUGGCUGCAAUUUUACUGUAUUUCGUAUUAUAAACAAGGAUUCCAUACUUUUGGCUGCAUGUUCACUCAUUCGCAACUGUCAGGGAGAGAAGGUCGCCGGCAAAAUUUCUUAGUGUGAAGCAGGAGGCCUAUAAUGUCUUUAUUGUGUGAAUAUAUGUAAGGCCCGUUUCAGACGGCGUACUCUUCAUGUGCCGAACCAUCCUCGUCCCCAGGGCCUCUCGGCCGCGUGCGUCCUCCCUAGGCCCUGGGACACACGGAACCGGAAGUGCAAGAAAACUUGCAGUAGUUUCUAAAGCGCAUGCUCUUGAAUUGGGACACUUUAGCACCCGUAAGAAUUUUCACAGUGAAGUAUUAAGAAGAAACGAAGUAUUUGUGUUGACAUAUGUUGACAGAAUAAUUUUGCCCAGCGAAAACUGCUCAACUUCUGCGAAAUGGCAGUUCUCUGAGAAGCCAAUCAGAUCUCUUCCUUUAGUCGUCUAUCCCAGAGACUAAUUUUCAACGAGUGACCGAGUGAAAAUGGCUCUGGGGACGAGAAUGGUGCCGAACUUAAUUGUAUUAGAUGCGACACAAGAACGGCAGUGAUUCAAACGGCGUACCAAAUACAAUGUUAUUGACAAGGUCUGGGCGCAUUCGCCAGCGAAACCUCAAUAAAAUUCAAAAUAAAUAAGUUUAUUUUUAGACUAAAGUUGAGUUAGGUUUGGCACAUGAGUGGAGCGGCGUAUGAAUCAAUGUCGCUCCAACGUCGCAUAAUGCGACAAGCUCUGCCGAACUUGUGUCGGACUCAAACCGUUUCAAUUUGCCGUACUUAAUUGAUUCAUACGCCGCUCUUCUGCCGUACCUAAUUCAUCAAUUAAGUUCGACACAUGAAGAGUACGCCGUCUGAAACGGGCUUAACUCUUUUUAUAUAUGAUAUUCUGUAGUGAAGGUUGGGAGGCUGGCGCUCUUCACGAGUUUUACAAGACGAAAUUAAAUUUCAUUAAAGAACGAGAAAUUCGUGAAAAAGUGGAGAAAGUAAAAGAAAUGGCGAAGAAACAUCUUCAACCAAUACAAGAAAAUACAGAUGAAGAAAAAAGGUAA